UUGGGACGAAGCGCUUUUCUGAUAUGGUUGCGACCCAGAAAAACAUACGCGAAUUUGUCUCGAAUUCUAUAGAGUUCCUUAGAAAGCAUGGCUUUGACGGUUUGGAUCUUGACUGGGAAUACCCUGCACAACGCGGCAGUCCACCUGUAGAUAAGCUGCGAUUUACUACUCUUUGUCAGAAACUAAGAGAAGGUUUUGAGACAGAGGCUACAAGAACAGGACGUCCACGCCUUAUAAUAAGCGCGGCUGUUGGCGCAGGGAAAGUUGCGGCAGAUACAUCUUACGAAAUGGAUAGAAUAUCAGAGUAUUUGGACGCCAUAUUCUUGAUGACGUAUGACAUGCAACCAAAUGGCUACAUUUACACGGGACACCACAGUCCGUUGUAUGCAAACCCUCUUAUAGGGGACGCUUCUAGAGACAACAACGUCAAUUUUUCUUUGAGCUACUGGGUUGCUAAUGGCGCCGAUCCACAGAAGUUAAUUGUAGGAAUGCCCACAUAUGGUCGGACGAUGGAGCUGUCAUUUACAGAAGACCAUGCGGUGGGUGCAUGUUCCAAUGGUCGUGGGGAAUCGGGCCCGGGGACAGGAGAAGAUGGCUACAUUUCAUAUAAUGAGGUUUGUGCCCUAAUAGAAGAAGGAGCUAUUGAAUACUGGGACCCAUUCCAGAGGGCGCCAUUUUCAAUACAUGUCCCCUCUCGUAGGUGGAUGGGGUACGAUAACCCAAGGAGUCUACGAUUAAAGGUUGAGUGGUUAAAACGAAGUGGAUUAGGUGGAGCAAUGGUGUGGGCGCUUGCGCUUGAUGAUUUCUCGGAUAAUUGUGGACUAUAUACCGGACGUUUCCCUCUUAUCAACGCAAUUAAAGACGCCCUCUUCGGUGAUAGUUUGGCACGGGGUUUCAUGUUUAAGAACUGA